UAUGAGACAGGUACUUUGUCUCCCCUUUGCACUUUCUUCUGGUCUAAGGUAGAUGUACCGUUGUAAAUGCAGGCAGAUAGAUGUACUUCGUGCCACUUCACCGGGUGUCCACGGGUUGAAACAACGCACCGUCCACCGCAAAACCGAUAUCCAACUAAGGUACCUAAUAUUAUGGUUGGUCGCUGCUUCUUCUCUCCCACUCACUCAUCAUGCAAGCCGCUGGUCUACCCGUCCCCGUCCCGCUGCAUCGUUGGGCCGCCAUUCUAUUUUCUCUUUUUUUUUUCUUCUUUUCCUUUCAUUUUCCCCCGGUGUCUUUCUGUCCUGUGGUCCGAGUCCGCCCUGUCCUCUCUGGCUGUCGACCUUCGAAGCAUCGUCCCCAUCGUCACAUUUCACCCCCCUCCCCCUUUGCAGCCACUCGUCCCACGUCUCGGCCUUGGACCGACGUGGCCCCAAUGCCAGUCUUGCGCGAGCCAAUGAUCCCCGAGCACGAUCGCUUCUUCCUUCGUACUCACUGGGUCUCUAUCCAUUCUCCCUAACCGGCCGGUCCCUUUGCAUGGGGGGGAUGCCGUGGGGUCGCCGUAGGACGCAGUAGUACGCAGUAGUGUUUGGCUGCAUGGCGAUUUUGUCUCUCUCCCCCCCCCCCCCCCGUGCGUGAUGUGGUGACAGGUCCGGUCCGUUCUGUUCUCUCGCUUUGCUUGGAGGCUUCGGAUCAAUAGGAACUGUCGCCCUGUUCUCUUCCUGGAAACUGCCCAACUUCUUCGUUGUGAAUCUCGUCGAAUCCCUCUUCUCCUUUCUCCUUUUUCGUCACUCUCUUCGUCUUGCGGACCAAGCCAUUCACUGCCUGCUUCGACGAAGCCUACAUCUACAUUUGUCGAAUCAGCCAUUGCAAUUCAAUUCAAUUUCUCGACCACUCAACAUACACAUCUCUUC